AUGACUGAUGGCAAGAAAUUAUCAAAGAAAACAGUAGGUAAUGUCAUCAGGGCCCAGUUGUUCGAAAACCGAUUAGCACUAACCCAGGAUUAAAAUAUUAUUAUGUUAAUCUGGGUUUCUUAUUCUUCUGUUCAAGAGCAUUUUCUUGGAUAAUUUUCUCUGUUCGUUACAGAGCACCAAAUCACUACAUUGCAGGCAAAAAGAAUUAAACUGAAUUUUCUUUGUAAGCUUUCAUAUCUGAUUUUAAACUUCACACUAACCCUGCUUUGAACAAUCCAGCCCAGGUCCUUAAUUAGGUACCAGUAUAUGAAAGUAUCUUAGCAGUGUCAUAGGUGAUUUCCCUUAUGAUGUCAGUGAUCGUCACAUUACCUUAAUCAGCAAUCUAAAGGAUUUUAAAGUUGUUUGGCACAUGUUUGUAAAAAAAUUGCAAGAGAAAUUUCCACAAUCAGAAGAGCAGCUACAUUGUAUGCUAGCAAAAAGUGGUUAUCAGUACAACUGAAAAAUAGGUUUGGGCUUCCCCACUGAAUCCCGCAAACUCUGCGGUGAAAUUUCCUGACUAUUCAAAGCUCUCAUUUGUACCGGGGCGGGAUCCUAAUAAUUUCAUAAAAGUUAGGGUCCAGGAGAUUAUCAACCAGAACAAUCUUCAGAACAUUGAAACUUUUCAAUAAAUAAGUAUAAUUAUAAAUAAAUAAUAGUUUAGAGGUAGCACAUCUGCUAAGUGGUUCUUCAUCCACUUGAUUUCCUGGUUGAAUUAAAAUUUGAAAAUGAUGGUUUUUGAGAGGAGGGGAAAACUGGAGUACAUGAAGAAUAACCUCUCGAAGCAAAGGAGAGCACCAACAGCAAACUCAACCCACAUGCGGUGUUGACACCAGGAUUUGAACCUGGGCCACAAUGGUGGGAGGAGAUCAAGUACUCUCACCAGUGCACCACCCUUGCUCCUCUAUAUAUGUAAUUGGCCCUGGAAAGGUUUUGAAUGAUGUAUGAAAAUGACAAAUAGUGAUAGUUGUGAUCCUACCAGCCAUGGGAUCAGAGCAUUUUGGGGGAACAUGUGGCAGGGGUCGGCCAAUUUUUGCAAACUAUGCUCACUGUGGAAAAUACUUCAAUUUAUCCCUAUUAAACACGAAGUUCUAAAAAUCAGUCCUGUUUCCUUAAAAUUAAAGCGAUAUAGAGAAGAAGUGUGACGUCACAUUACCAUGGGAGCAGAAUUUCUGGAUCACAACAUUAGAGAGCUAAACCAACGACGACGGCGAAGGCAACAAGAACCAGUGAAAAAGUAAUAGCAAAACAGCAAUGCUGCACGUGCAUCGCACUCUUGUAGAUUUCGUAACAGUCGUUGCACAACUGUGACAAAAAACUUCCUAAUUUCAUGUGCCUUCUUUCUGGAGUAGGUGAACACAACACAAAAUUUUCUUUUUCUUUUUCUUAACUUUCGGAUGCAACUCCAGAAAAUUUCGCCAACAUUUGACAAAUUAAAUGAAAUUGAAUAAGAUCGAUGAAGUAUGAAACAGUGCGAAUUAACUUUUUAAGUGACGUUUUUGUUUUGUUGUCAUCCAGAAAAUGUGCUACCAUUGCAACGUGAUGUGACAACUUCUCUUUUCUAUUCCUUUUCACCAAGCUGCCUAUUCGAAAUUUUGCAGAUGACGCUCCGCCCAUGAUGAUCCCUGAAGAACAUGAUGCAAGGACAAGAUGAUUUAAUGAUAAUUAUUUAGCUUUACUUGUUUUUAGAACCUAAUAUUACCUAAUAUUAUUGAAAAACUGUAAGUAAUUAGGCUUGAUGUUUCUACGUCUUUGAGAAAAAGGGUAUAAUGAUAGAGUAAACACCCAUGUUAGUGCCAAUUUUAUCUAAUAACACGUCAAAAUGAGUCUAGAUCACAAUGUUAACGUAAGAAUUAAGUAUAAGGAUAUCGCUAUACUUAUAUUAAGAGUGCGCGUGUUAUUAAUAUGUUACAGUAAUUAAUUAGCUGAGGACGAUUUGAUAAUCAUAAAAAUUAAGUGAGCGCAUGCUAUUUAUCUAGUGAUUAAUUUACGACUGGUAUGUUACAUCGCUUAUGUAAGAAUUUAGAAUGUCUGCAUGUUAUUAAUAUAGUGAUUAAUUCACUACAGCGUCCUUGCAAUGUUCAUGCGACAAUUAAGAGUGUGCAUGUUAUUUAUUUAGUGAUAAGUUUACUAAGGUGAAUUGCAAUGCUUAUGUAAGAAUUAAGAAUGCACACGUGUUUUAAUUUAGAAAUUAAUUUACUAACAAUAGAUUGCAAUCUCAUAUCAGAAAUUGAGUGUCUGUGUGUUAUUUAUUUAAUGCUGAACUUACUAUGAGGAUAUUGCUAUGCUUAUAUUAAGAGUGCGUGUGUUAUUAAUAUCUAGUAAUUAAUUGGUUGAGGACGGUUUGAUAAUCAAAAAUUAAGCGUGCGCGUGUUAUUAAUUUAUUUGAUUAAUUUAAGACUGGUAUGUUGCAUCGCUUAUGUAAGAAUUAAGAAUGUCUGCAUGUUAUUAAUAUAGUGAUUAAUUCACUACAGGGUCCUUGCAAUGUUUCUGUGACAAUUAAGAGUGUGUAUGUUAUUUAUUUAGUGAUAAAUUUACUAAGGUGAAUUGCAAUGCUUAUGUAAGAAUUAAGAAUGCACACGUGUUUUAAUUUAGAAAUUAAUUUACUAAGAAUAGAUUGCAAUCUCAUAUCAGAAAUUGAGUGUCUGUGGGUUAUUUAUUUAAUGCUUAACUUACUAUGAGGAUAUUGCUACGCUUAUAUUAAGAGUGCGCAUGUUAUUAAUAUGUAGUAAUUAAUUAGCUGAGGACGGUUUGAUAAUCAAAAAUUAAGUGAGCGCGUGUUAUUUAUCUAGUGAUUAAUUUAAGACUGGUAUGUCGCAUCGCUUAUGUAAGAAUUAAACAAAGUCUUGCAAUGUUAUGCGACAAUUAAGAGUGUGCAUGUUAUUUAUUUAGUGAUAAGUUUACUAAGGUGAAUUGCAAUGCUUAUGUAAGAAUUAAGAAUGUUAUGUUUUAAUUUAGUAAUUAAUUUACUAAGAGCAGAUUGCAAUCUCAUAUCAGAAAUUGAGUGUCUGUGUGUUAUUUAUCUAAUGCUUAACUUACUAUGAGGAUAUUGCUAUGUUUAUAUUAAGAGUGCGCGUGUUAUUAAUAUUUAGUAAUUAAUUGGUUGAGGACGGUUUGAUAAUCAUAAAAAUUAAGUGAGCGCGUGUUAUUUAUCUAGUGAUUAAUUUAAGACUAGUAUGUCGCAUCGCUGAUGUAAGAAUUAAACAAAGUCUUGCAAUGUUUAUGCGACAAUUAAGAGUGUUCAUGUGUUUUUUUUAGUGAUUAGUUUACUAAGGUGAAUUGCAAUGCUUAUGUAAGAAUUAAGAAUGCACACGUGUUUUAAUUUGGUAAUUAAUUUACUAAGAGUAGAUUGCAAUCUCAUAUCAGAAAUUGAGUGUCUGUGUGUUAUUUAUUUAAUGUUGAACUUACUAUGAGGAUAUUGCUAUGCUUAUAUUAAGAGUGCGUGUGUUAUUAAUAUCUAGUAAUUAAUUGGUUGAGGACGGUUUGAUAAUCAUAAAAAUUAAAUGAGCGCGUGUUAUUUAUCUAGUGAUUAAUUUAAGACUAGUAUGUCGCAUUGCUGAUGUAAGAAUUAAACAAAGUCUUGCAAUGUUUAUGCGACAAUUAAGAGUGUUCAUGUGUUUUUUUUAGUGAUUAGUUUACUAAGGUGAAUUGCAAUGCUUAUGUAAGAAUUAAGAAUGCACACGUGUUUUAAUUUGGUAAUUAAUUUACUAAGAGUAGAUUGCAAUCUCAUAUCAGAAAUUGAGUGUCUGUGUGUUAUUUAUUUAAUGUUGAACUUACUAUGAGGAUAUUGCUAUGCUUAUAUUAAGAGUGCGUGUGUUAUUAAUAUCUAGUAAUUAAUUGGUUGAGGACGCUUUGAUAAUCAUAAAAAUUAAGUGAGCGCGUGUUAUUUAUCUAGUGAUUAAUGUAAGACCGGUAUGUUGCAUCGCUUAUGUAAGAAUUAAGAAUGUCUGCAUAUUAUUAAUAUAGUGAUUAAUUCACUACAGGGUCCUUGCAAUGUUUAUGCGACAAUUAAGAGUGUGCAUGUUAUUUAUUUAGUGAUAAGUUUACUCAGGUGAAUUGCAAUGCUUAUGUAAGAAUUAAGAACGCACGUCUUUUAAUUUACUAAGAGUAGAUUGCAAUCUCAUAUCAGAAAUUGAGUGUCUGUGUCUUAUUUAUUUAAUGCUUAACUUACCACGAGGGUAUUGCAAUGCUUAUUAAUUAACAGUGCGUGCGUUUUAUUAAUCUGGUAAUUAACUUACCACAAGGGUAUUGCAAUGCUUAUGAAAAGUUGCUUCUGACAGUUUAGUAUAAUAGAACCGACUAGUAUUUUCCUGCGUUUGACUUGUUAAUUAGCAGGAAAAUAUGCUCUCAUCGGUAUCGUAUGUUUGUUUAGGCGUGUGCGCUGGUAUGUGGGUAAUUAGUAGGGGUAUAUAUUUGGGCAUGCUGGUUUUGUCUUUCAUCUCGGUCUUGCUGUUCCAGCUUUCGGGUCAUUUUUGUUUGUUUUUACUUUUUAGUGUGUGUGUGUGUGUGUGUUCUUUUUGCUUUUAUUUUGCAGAUGUUUUCAGCUCUACUAUGUGGUCGGAUCUUCGGGCUGCGGUUCCCCAGGGAUCCAGUGUUUUACAAUCCCUUGCAAGUUCUGUUCCGGAUAUUGCGUUGGCUAGCAGAGCACCCAGUACUUCCGCCA